GAAGUGGUGUUUGUUUCUAUGUAUUUACUUUCGAUCGGAUUUAAUAUGUUUGUCAAUGUUUUUGUUUCAAGGUGCUGAAUCCGGAAAGAGCUCGGAUGCCAAAAAAGUCGAUGCCUCGGAGGAAAGCAAGAAGGCUGAGAAGACCGACUCUUCCAGCGAGAAAACGGCGGGCACCGCAAAGGACGAGAAAGAGAGCGCUGGAAAGUCCUCGUCAACGUCAGCCAAGUCGGGCUCAUCCAGCGACUCCAAGACAAAGUCGUCACCCAGUUCGAGUGACAAGACGGCUACCGUGUCCCGGAACCUGUGGGUUUCCGGUCUAUCGUCGCUCACUCGGGCAACGGAUUUGAAGCUGAUCUUCUCCAAGUACGGCAAAGUGAUUGGCGCAAAGGUGGUGACCAAUACUCGUACACCGGGAACUCGUUGCUAUGGCUAUGUGACGAUGGCAUCGGCCAAGGACGCAACGGAGUGCAUCACCCAUUUGCACCGAACCGAAUUGCACGGACGAAUGAUUUCAGUGGAGAGAGCAAAAUCUGAUCUAGGUCCAGCGAAGCCUACAACCGCAAACAGCACCAGCACUGAUAAAAAGACGGAAUCGGCCAAGACGACCGGAGCGGAAGGUGGUGGGGAUAGUGGCAAAGAUAAAGACAACAAAGACAAGACCGAGAAGAAGGAUGAUAACGAUAACCGAUCCCGUAACAGCAAAGAACGUGCCAGGUCGGUCAACAGGAGUCGGUCCCAGCACCGCAGCCGUUCUCAAUACCGAGGCAGAUCCGCGGAAAAAGAUGCCAAGCCGAAGGACGACAAGAAGAAAGAUGACACCCAAAAGGGAGCUGAAGUCAAAGAGGGUGCAGCAGCUGUGGCGCGCAAGGACGGAGAUCGUCGCGACAAUCGGAACAACGAUCGCAGAGAUAACCGCAACCGGGAUCGUGAGGUCCUAUCGCUACAGAAGAUUCGCGAAGAGCGCGAGCGCCAGCGGCUACGCGAGAAGGAACGUCAACUACGGGAAGAGGAACGACGCCGCCGGGAGAUGCGCCAGCGCCAACGGGAGGAGGAACAACUGCUGCGACGUGAGCGGGAGAAGCUGGCCAUCGAACGGGCUCGUAUUGAGAAGGAAAAGGCCGAACUGUUGCGCAUCGAACGCGAACGCCAGAAGCUGGAGCGGGAGAAGAUCGAACUGGAACGUCUGGAGCUGAAGCGUCAGCAAAGGAAAAUUGAAGAGGCGAAACGGAACUUGAAACGCCCGGCCACAACGGAUCACUACGACGAUGACCGAAAACGUGCAGCCGGAUCGGACCGUCGUUUCGAAGCACCUCCACCACCGUCGAUCUCCUCCGCAGGUCGCGGUUCCUACGGAUCGUCGGACAAGAAACGUAUAGAUGACUACAAGUCACGUGACGAUUACAAGUCGCGCCCGGUUGAUGAUUACCGGCGAGGAGACACCUAUAAGCGCAACGGAGGUGGAGUUAUGGAUCGCGAUAUGGAUCGGCCAUCGAUGACAACCAUGGAUAGCCGUUACCCUGACAGUCGCUCCGGUGGCGGCGGCGGUGGUGACUACCGUGGAAGUGGCAAUCCCCGGGAUGAUCGCGAUCGCAACGGAUCGGCACCCAAGUCUCGGUAUAUGGAUCCAAUUGACCAACGCUAUCAGGAUCGGUCUAGCAGCAGCGGCGGCGGCGGUGGCAACAGUGGUCCUUGGAAUGCAGGGCCACCACAGAUGACCCUGAUCCCAGCCGGGAUGAGCAGCAGCGAAUGGCGGAUGGAUAACAACCAGGAUCGGUACGAUCGAACCUACAACGAGCGCAAAGCUCCACAGAUGAGUGCCAGCCCCUUCAUGGAUCCCUCGAGGCAGAAUCAGUUCAUGGGAGGUAGUGGCAGCGGAGGACGUCCACAGGACCGUUAUGGAGCUCCCGUUUCCAAUCGGUUCGACAAUGGACGGUACUAGGACGGGAUAAGUAGCGAUACACCGCUCUUUGGUGUAUAUUGGAAUUCCUAGCAUUACAUAU